AUGUUGUCAAUACUCCGAGACGCAACUUCAUUAACAAAUCCUGUUCUUGUUUCAUGGGAAAAACCUCCAUCUCAGCGAACAGAAAAGACUGCUGAAUGGGGUGUUCAUGGUGUAGCGGUGGUUCUGGAAUUGCUGCGACUACUCGCUUCUCUCAAAGACUUUUCCAAGCUUCACAAGGAUCAGUACUGGAGAUCACUAAAGGAUCCUCGCCUUAUAUCGUUUCUUGCCUUUGCACUCGCAUACGGUGACCACGAAAUGGUACAUAACGCACUGGUUAUUUAUACGCAUUGCUCGCAAUUGCAGGCUUUUCCAAGUCGAUGGCUGGGCGAUCUCAUUGCAUCUUGUUCCCAGUCCAGACAAAGUCAGUCGGAUAGCGUGGUCUCACCAAAUACCUCCAGCGAUACGAGGUCAAGAAGCUGUGAACCGAUGGAUACAGCAGCUGCAGUACCUGCUGUGGUAGUGUCGCCCAGGAGAAGCUCCAAAGAAAAUGAACGUGUAUUGGACGAACGAAGAGAACGAGAAUUGGAGUUGUUGCUAUCAGCUAAAGAUCAAGCGCUAGCUCAGAGCGAGAAGCUGCGCAUCCAAUUUCGAGGAGCAGGAAGUAACAACAAUGACAUGGCUCGAGUCCGGUCACUGGUAUCAGAUUGUGAAGCCUUGCGAGAAAAGAAUGAAGCCGUUGCCAAGGAGCUGGAAGCAACACGACAACUACUGCAAGAGAAAACUGCUACGAUGGAAGCUGAACUUGCAAGAGUGGUACAAGAACGUGAUGACCUGGCGUCUGAGAUCAGUCAAGAACGAGAAGUUGUUGUGAGUGCAAAUAAGCUUGCUGAUGAUCUCAAGAAGAAGCUGGAGAUAGCUUCGGUGGCGCUUGUUGAACGUCAGAGUGAGCUGGCUACACUCAACCAAGAGAAGGCAAAUCUCCAAGGAUUGUUGAAUAAAGCGAGUGCAGAUCUAGCUGCCCUUCACGAAACACAUGUAAUGGAGGUGAAAAGAUUAAACUCCGACAUUUCUCUUCGGAACGACACCAUAGACAAAUUAUCUCGCGAGGCUGAAGCAAUGCAGGCGACGAUGGCGGCAAAAGAGCAGGAAUGUGAGCGCCAUACGAAAGAGCUGGAAUCGUUACGCUCCCAUGGCCAGAAGACACAAGCGGAUCUCGAAAGAAUGAAGCGCUUAAGAGAUGAGAUGAAGCGACUGGCAGAAGGUUUCGAGUAG